GUGUGGCUUGUGUUUCCAAUAGGAAUGGCAAAGCCAGCCCGUGCAGACUGCUCUCUGCCAGGCUUCGUCAUGCUCCUCUUCCUGCAGAUGCUGCCCACUGGCCACGGGAAAGCGGACUUCUGUGUCCUUGCACCUCAAGACCCCGUCCUGGCGAUUGUGGGGGAGGACACAGAGCUUCCGUGCAGCCUCGCCCCCAGCAUCAGCGCCCAGGGCAUGGAGCUGAGGUGGUACCGGGAGCAGCCCACGCCAGCCGUGCACGUGUGGGUGAGCGGGAGGGACGCCCAGGAAGAGCAGAUGGUGGAGUACCGGGGGAGGACGGCGCUUGUGAGCGACAGCCUGGACGGGGGUGUGGCCGCCGUGAGGAUACACAACGUCACCACGUUUGACAAUGGGACCUACCACUGCCUUUUCAAGGAGCACACAUCCUACAGCCAUGCCACCCUGUGGCUGAAGGUGGCAGGGCUGGGCGCAGCCCCUCAAAUCCAAGUGAUUGACAAACAGGACCAAGGCAUCUGGGCAACGUGCAGCUCAGCAGGCUGGUACCCAGAGCCCCGGGUGGAGUGGAGGGACCUCAGAGGACAGACGCUGCCUGCUGUGACCCGCGUCUCGGUCUCAGCCGCCACAGGCCUCUUCGGCGUGGUGUCCAGUGUAGCCCCCCAGGACAGGGCUACAGACGGUCUGACCUGCUCCAUCUCCAACCCUCUCCUCUCUGAGAGUAAAGUAGCUGCGAGGCGCCUGCCCUCCCCCUUCUCCAGGCAUCUCUUUACGGAAUGGAGAUUAGUGCUGCCCUUGACCUGCAUCUCACUGGGACUUGUCAUAGCUGGAAUCGUCUGUCUCUUUAAAAAACGCCAGAGAGAGCACAGAACAUGGCUGGAGGAGGAGGCAGAGCAAGGAGCAAAGGAUCAGCAGCAGGGACCCAGCCCCAGCGAAGCUGAGGCUGAGCCACUGCAUGUGAGCCCAUCCCUGGACCCUGACACUGCGAACCCCAAACUCAUGGUGUCUGAGGAUCAGAAGAGUGUGGCGCGGCUGCUCUUUGAACAGGACCUGCCUCCUAACCCCCGCAGGUUUGACCAGGACCCCUGCGUCCUGGCCCAGGAGAGAUUCUGGGCAGGAAGAUACUACUGGGAAAUUGAGGUGGGGAGCAGGAGGGCCUGGAUUCUGGGGGUGUGUCUGGAGAGUUUGGGCCGGGAAGGGAGAAUCCCCAAGUCUCCCCAGCACGGUCUCUGGGCAGUAGAGUUUUACAGGAAGAGAUUCCGGGCUCUCUCCUACCCCAGGACCCGCCUCUGUCCUCCUGAGCCCUUCCUACAGGUCGGGGUUCUCCUGGACUGUGGCGCGGGCGAGGUUGCCUUCUACAACGCCACCCAGGCUUCCCUCAUUUAUAAAUUCUCCGGACUGUCCUUUUCUGGCCCCCUACGGCCAUUUUUCUGCCUCUGGACCCACGAUCCUAGCCCCCUGACACUCUGCCCCGUGGCCAGAGAGACCCAGGAAGACUCAGGCUCCCCGCGGGCUGGGCCCUCACUGCCCCUGGGGCCCCCCGGGGUCUCCCGGGGUGCCUAG